AUGCAAAACCACUUUCGCACUCUUCUCAAAUUUGCACGUGGUUAUCUGACAUAUGGAACGAUACAGAGAAGAUUAGCAUGGCCCCUGCACAAGGAUGACACGCUUUCCCGGAGUGGUAGACCUACGGGUCUCAAUAUUUAUUUUGUUUUGGACUUUUGCUAUUGUUGGUAUCGUUCAGAACUUGGCAGUCGAUUGAGUCGAGCAACAGUCGAGAUAUAUACAGAGACAAGUUGA